CGUCUCUUUGAUCCAUUUGGAUGGUUAGCACCAACCAUAAUACUUGCCAAGAUACUAAUACAGAAACUUUGGUUAUGUAGCGCAGAUUGGGAUGAGCAGUUGCCGCAAGAUUUAAUAGAUGAGUGGGUAACUUACCGUAAACAGCUUCAACAACUGCAAGACAUCAAGAUUGAUCGGUGGCUACACAUACAACCUGACUGUUCACUUGUACAACUGCAUGGAUUCGCAGAUGCAUCUACUGCUGCCUACUCAGCGGUUUUGUAUAUCAGGGUAGUUAAGGAAGAUGGUGUGACUGUAACACUUCUGGAAAGCAAGACUAAGGUGGCACCACUUAAACAAGUGUCAGUGGCUCGGCUGGAGUUGUGUGCUGCGGUAUUGGUAGCAAGGAUGCUUUCGGAAGCCAAAGAAGUCCUGAAUAUACCUAAAAACAAUGUAUAUGCAUACACAGAUUCAAUGGUGGUGUUAGCUUGGAUCCAGUCACCACCAGUUCGGUGGCAAACAUUUGUUGCUAACAGAGUUGCAGAAAUACAAGGAAGAUUAGACAAUGAUAGAUGGUGUCAUGUAAAGUCAGAAAAUAAUCCUGCAGAUUUGGCUUCAAGGGGAGUGCCUCCUUGUGAAUUAAGAAACAAAACAUUGUGGUGGUUUGGCCCACAAUGGCUAAGUAACAGUGAAAUUGAGCAACGCAAACCUCACAUUCUUAAGACGGAAUUAGAACAAAGAAAACAAACAAUUAAGGUAUUUAAUUGCAAUGUAGAGGACAACAUUCUGAAGAGAUUUUCAACAUUUAAUAGAAUGAUUCGAGUACUAACUUACUGUAGGAGAUUUAUUAAUUGGAAAAGAAACAAAAACAAUAAUAAACAAUUCACCAGUUACUUGUCCGCUGCAGAAUUACAAGAAACAUUAUUCCAGCUCAUCAAGGUUGAACAAGAAAAUCAAUUUAACGAAGAAAUUAGUGACAUCAUAAACAAAGGACAAGUUAAGAAAAGAAGCAGCUUAAGAAAGUUGUCACCCUACAUUGAACAAAAUCUUUUGAGAGUUGGUGGACGUCUACAAGGUGCCAAAGUACCUCAAGAAAUUAAACAUCCCAUAAUUUUACCCAAGAACUCACAUUUAACACACUUACUUAUAAGAGAUGCACAUUUGAAACUGCUUCAUGGAGGUAAUCUACUCACCACCAAUUACAUAAGGUCCAGAUAUUGGGUUAUAGGUUUAAAAUCUCUUGUCAAGAAAUGUAUACACCAGUGUGUCACUUGUGUGAGACAUAAUGCCAGUACCAAACAACCCAUUAUGGGAAAUUUACCAGCUCAACGGGUCCAUCCUGGAAGACCAUUUGAGAUAAGUGGGGUAGAUUAUGCUGGACCUAUCCAAAUUAGAACUUCUAGAAGAUUUGUGGCCAGACGAGGUCAUUGUGCUCACCUAUGGAGUGACAAUGGCACUAACUUUGUGGGUGCGGCUAAGGAGUUAGAAUUUCUAUUCAAGACGACUUCAGGUGGGUUACAACCCCAGAUAGCUGAAAUGAUAGCCAACGAUGGAACUACGUGGCACUUCAUACCGCCAAGAGCACCCAACUUUGGAGGCUUAUGGGAAGCAGGUAUCAAAUCUGUUAAGACCCAUUUAUUGAGAGUAUUAGGGAAUACAACGCUAACAUUUGAAGAAAUGAUUACCUUGCUAGCCCAGAUAGAAGCCUGUCUUAAUUCUCGUCCCAUAUGCGAAUUGAACGAUGAUCCCAACGAUGUGGCCGUACUUACCCCAUCACACUUUUUAAUAGGGGAACCCUUGGUGGCUGUACCACAGAAACAAGAAAAUACAUUUAAUAUCACGCCACAGGAGCGUUGGAAAUUGGUUAGAAAAAUUACUGCUCAUUUUUGGCAAAGGUGGAGCGUAGAAUACUUGCAUCAUUUGCAACAACGACAUAAAUGGAACUCAAAAUCAAAGGCUCCAGAGAUAGGUGACAUUGUUCUUAUAAAGGAACCUUCUCUUCCUCCUACUAAAUGGCUUAUGGCACAAAUUAUAGACACACAUCCAGGUCAAGAUGGAGAAGUGCGAGUGGUAAGCCUGCGAACCAAGUCAGGCUUACUGAAGCGGCCAGUUUCGAAACUGGUUGCUUUACCUUCUUCACAUUAACAACUACGGUGGGCGGCGACAGGAAGAACGGAGUUCUUGGUGGGCGGGAUGUUCACCUAAAUUGCCACGAGAUGGCGUUAUUACAAAUUUUCUUGUCGCCAACCAACGAAGCGGUCGCGGCCGCUUUAAAAAACUGUCAACGAGUCUGCAAAACACCUAACGUCGUGCCGUGAGUUUAUUUUCAAUUUUAAUUAACUUUACUCA